AUGAUAAGAAUAAGAAUUAUAGUUGAAUAUUACCCGGCAUUGGUCCUUGAAACAAGUUCUCUUGGAAAGAUGGACAACCUAAAAUAUCUAUGGCUGAAAGAUGUGAAAUUCACCGGGCCCUACAAUGUUUUUCCAGAGUUAAGAUUGUUGUCUUGGCUUGGAUGUCCUUUGAAAACAAUUCCCCCUGGGCUUUUGAUGAGCAGCUUGGUGGCUUUAGAUAUGAGUAAUGGACACUUGGAAAAGUUUGACUCACCCAUGGUUCUCGACUCACUCAAGAUACUAAAUCUUGAAAGUUGUUGUAAACUUGUCGGCGUCUACAAUCUUUACAAACUCCCUAAACUUGCGUGUUUGUACCUUCACAACUGUAGCAGUCUGACUCAUCUUUGUAAAUCCAUAGGAGACCUUGAGAGUCUUGGGAUAUUGGAUUUAACAGGGUGCACCAAGCUAUGGAAGGCUUCAUCAAAUUUCUGUAUCGGAUUUGUUAAUCAAUUGCAAAGGCUAAAAUCUUUACAGAUUGGUAGAUUUCAAGCACAACCUUUGUUUUCCUUGCCCUGGUCGUUACAAUAUUUGCAUCUUGAUUUCUGUGACCUUGGGUAUAACAAUGAUUUGAAUGUGCUAUUCCAUCCUGAAUCAUUAUUUUGCUUGACAUUAAGGUGUAAUCCAUUUGAACGUCUUCCUAGUAACUUUAACCUUAACAUGCUUCGAGUACUCUCCUUGUCUUUAUGCCAAAACCUGAAGUCUCUCCCAUGUAUCCCAAAAACGCUAGAAGAGUUAAAUAUAGAUUGGUGUAUAUCGUUGGAUCGAGUAACAUUCCAGUCAGGUCUUUUCAGUCUGCAGAGGUUUUCUUAUGAAGGUUGUUUCCAACUGUCUGAAGUCGAAGGCCUUUUUAAACUAGUGCCUAUAGAAAAAAUUGAUGAAGCGGAUCUGGGUCACAUGCGUUGGAUCAAAGCAUAUCAAGAUUAUAAAGUGGACCUCGUCGGUGAUGAAAUUACCAAAAGAAGAGAUUGGCGUAUGCAGUGGCGGACCCAGGAAUUUUUUCAUGGGGUGCGAAAUAUUCUUAAAGAUUUUAGCCCCGUAGGAUCAAAGGAUAAUGAUGAGUUGGCUUUGUUGGCGAAAAUCAGCAACAGAAGCAAGGGUCUUACUUGGGUAUACAAUCCUGUGGUGUAUUGCGCACCCAGAAGUGAUGAAGAUGUUGUGUGGUUAAGCUACUGGCCAAUUGGAAACAUGUUAGGUGUUGGUGAUGAAGUCAAUGUGGAUAUACAUGUGCAGAUUGGAACGAUGAUAGUAAGUGGUUGUGGUGCCAGCCUUGUUUAUGCGGAUAGUGAAGUAGAUCAAGAAGAUAAUUGUGAGAAUAACUUGAUGAAAGAGAAAGAAGUGAUUGGAGGAGACCUGUCUGAAUUCGAGGUGACCACAGGAGGCUACUAUCUUUGCCGCCGUGAUUUAUUUGGUUCAGAGACCUCGUCUUGGUUGGAACGGUUGUUUGGUGAUAACGUUUAUUAUACAGAUUCGCAUGGAUGGAGAAAAACUCGACAGACAAUGUCAUUAUAUCAGCCACACAAUUCCAAUGAAGUUGAAGUUGUGUUGGGAGUUAGCUUUAAUAGUGAAAGUGAAAUAGGCAAGAUUGAGAAAGCAGUAUCUAGUGUUAUGGGCGUUGAAUCUAUUUCCACUCGUAAAGAAGUAGGAAGAAUAACUGUGGCUGGGCGUUUUGAUCGUGAAGAGAUGGCAACCAGAGUAAGGGAAUUUGGAAAGAGGGUUAACAUCUUAUAUCUUGAUAAUGUUAAUUAA